AUGAGUGGUGUUAAGAACAGAGAAUUGUUUUCUCACUUGUAUAAUAUUCCUUUCCCUUUGUUUGUGGUAGCCGGUGUUUCGCUUCCCCUUUUUGGACUAAUUAUUUGUUUCGUGGUUUCUGUAUGCCUGAAUUUCGAUGAGGUUACAGAGUCGGUCUGUGGAGUGUCAAAUUUUGUUCCGUCUAUUAGUGCGGUUACAGGGAUUACACCUCAGCUAUAUUUUUGGCGUUACAUGAUUGGAUUACAUAGUGCACCACGUUUACUCCUUGCUUUAACCUAUAUUCGGUAUCAUAUGACGUGUUACAGAUUGUUUAAUCUGUCCUCGCGUUUUAAAAUACUAGUGCAAGCUGCAUUCUGUCUUAACCUUCUGGACGUGAUUGUCUUUGUUGGGGUUGCUUUUGUAUCCAAUCGGGAGAAUUACCGUAUGUUGAUUAUUAGUCUUUCUAAUAAUUUUAUAGCUCUUCAUGAACGCUUGUUCAUUGUAUUCUUGUUUGUUUCAACUGCAUAUAUGAUAGUUACUUUAAUGAUUCACUGGGUUAUAG